AGAUCUCUUCGAUAUCAACGGCAGAUGGGGCGUGUUUAAAACAUAGUUAUUGUCAUUGAUGGCUACCUCUGAUGGUGGCGCCCGGGAUGCGCAUGAAACAGGAAUGGGAACAGGUUCAACUUCGUUAUCAGGCGGCAAGGAGUCCCCUGAUCAGUUGGACAGCAUCCAUAGUUCAUCUGAAGAUCCGCGAUUGAACGAGUUGGCUCGAGAUGCGUUCGGGAAAAUUUCCGUAUACCUUCAAGGAGAGCUUCUGCAAGUGCAAUCAUGCACCCUGACUUUCUUCCGAUCAAAGGAACAUUACGAAGUUUUGGAAAAGAUGAAUUUGGCUACCGUGAGCAAGUACCACGACAUGCGCCAGAUCACCGGAAAUGCCUCGCUGGAGCCACAUUUAGCUCAACUUCAGCAGAUUGAAGAUAGCAUUGAGAAGCUUGAAAAGGCUGCGUACCAAUUGGAUGCGUAUUCCAAGAGGCUCGAAUCGCGUUUGUGGGGUUCGCUGCCGGCGGUUAUACUAAUUCUUAGCUUGGUAGUGUUGCUGGUGUACCUAUCAGCGUAUUGCUGCAGGCGUAAGACCGCGAAGAAAAAGCGGUUCGGAUUCUUGCGAUGGGUCUUGGUUUUCUUCGGCGUUCUCUGCUUAGCAUCACUGUCGUUUGCCAUGUUCGGAAACUACCUUGCGCACGCAAGCGUGGAAAGUUUCGUUCACCACGUCGACAGAAUCCACUACUUAUCAUCGAGAGCGAAAAAUCAAACUGAUGAUAUUGCCGGAAAGUUGCAUAAAGAGGUGGAACCCCGCGUUGGAAAUUUGCUGGACGACCUCAACCGACAAUCGGGUGACCCAAGGAUCCUCAGGGCUCUCGAUGAGAUGUCGAGGAACGUUUCAGAAGCAAAGAGCAGAAUAGCUUCAGUCAAUGGAAAAAUCGGCGACGCGGAAGUGUCCAUUUUGGCUCAUCACAUCAGUCGUGUAGAGGAAAUACGCGCUCCCGUGACUUUUGCCGUUCUUGGCCUUUUCGCUCUGUUCUGUUUAAUCCUCAUCAUUGGGUUGACUAAACGGUACAGAUGUGCUUUGAUGCUGUUUUCGGUGCUUGGACUUCUGGCGACAGUCUUGAGUGUACUCGUAGCUUGCGCUCUGCUCGUCCUUGCUAUGGGCUUGAGUGACAUAUGCAGAAAGCCCGAGGACUUCGUCAUGAAUCACAUUGGAAGUAACCCGACGAGAGACGUUGUCGACUACUACAUUAAGUGCCAACCUCGGGGAGAAAAUCCACUCGAGCAAUACCUGAUUGAAAGCGGUAGAGCCACCAGUAAUAUGCAAUCCUCGUUGAACACCGUGCAUGACAUUGCGAAUCGAUUGAACGGUGACCAACUCGUGAAACUGGGACAAGCAGUCAACGCAACUGCCGAGGGCAUGAAACAACUGCAUUCCGCGCUUUCCUGCCGACCAGUUUACGUGGAAUACAUUAAAGCCCUUGAAACCGGGUGCAAUGACUUGAUGUUGGGGCUGACAAUCAUGUUGCUGUCAUUUUCGGCAUGCUGUGUAUUGUUCUACGUGCUCGUCCUGAUGGACUCGCAUUUAUGGAUAUACAUGCGAAAGAGGAACUACUUGAAUGCGGAAGAGACGGAUCCAUUUUUGCCGCCGGGACAAAACCGGAAUGCACAGGCGGCUGCGAACUUGAAUCGUCGAACUAAUAUUGCAAUGACCGGGAGUCUUGGACCAUCCUACCGAACCAGGCAUUACUCCAACACCCAUACUCCUCCGCACACUCCUCCGUUUCCAGGAACUUUGAACGGUCGAACGAUGGAGAACGAUCCACGAUACGGAGGCUAUCAUCCGCCCGGGAACUAUCAUCACAGGGGUUAUGUGACUCAGCAUCAUCCUGGAGCGCCUCCCGUGAGUAUAGCUACCCUACCCGGUCCGAAUCAUGGUCAGUAUGCCACUCUCUCACGUCACUGCAAAACUCUGGAGGCGUCGACUUUCUACUAACGAAUUUGAUUGGAUUUUUUAAAAAUCGUUUUAUUUCGGAUCCGCGUAUUGCUUUGGUGUCUUCACUGCUGCUGUUGCUGCCGCUGCUGUGUGUCUGAUGGCUUUUUUUUUCUCUGUUGCUUCAUCGCUUUCAUUCGUGGCUGUCGGGUCGUUUUGCACGAUUGAAUGUGACUGCGAUUUUCACGCAGCUUUUUUUAUAUUCUCCACGAAGAAAAAAAUCGAAGAUUGAACCUGCUGCAUUCCUUGCUCAAGUUUUGUACAGAUGUCUACUUGUCUUGAUAUUUUCAAGCUGUGUUUUUCGAAUCUCUCAAUGCUGGGCAAAAACAAAAACAAAAAAACUGCCAGAUUCCUCCCUUGACAUACGGUUAUGCAAAUUUAUCGAUCAUUUUUUAGAUUAAAUAUUCCUCGGAAGAACAUUUUUGCGGAAAAAAUGUUGAUGAGGGUUGAUCGAAUUUAUAGUCAGAUUUUUUUCAGCAUUUUUGAAACAUGUCGAGGAUCCAAUCUCCAUUUUCUAAAUUUAUGACGACUGCAGAGGUUUUUUUUAUCUGGAAAUUUAACGCCCGAUGCAGCAAAAUAAAAUCGUUUCUCCUCUUUUAUCUUAUCCCUGGUUGGAUUCAAAUUACUGUUUCUGAAGCUUGAGACUGGUGUUGUCUUGAACUGUAUUCGCAUGAGCAGAACGAGUGCAAACUGAGCUGACCAAUUGAAGCCAAGCUCACACAGCCUGAGAUAAAUCUUGAAAAAUUUUUUUUUUCAAUUUCGGCGACACCAUCAAGAAAGGAUUUCGUGAAAUUUAGAUCUUGGGUUAGAGACACAUAGGGGCAUUAUGAAGAACCAUAAAAUGGAGAUUCCAUUUAGUGGUGCCAUUUUUUUAUUUUAAAACUUUUUUCACGAUGGACGAGUAAUUAUAUUCACGGCAAUCUGUUUCUUUUGUGAUGAAGCAGAUCUAUUGCUCAACAGAAACGAAGCCACUAGUAAUGGAAAGGCAUUAAUAACGUGAAUGAGAAUCCAUGGUAAUUGGCGUGUGUGUUUGUGUAUGUCGUUGGUGAUGGAAUUUCAUUGCUUUAAUUUUUUGGAAAGACAGCCGUAAUUUUUGUGCGUUUUCAAUCCUUAGUUUUAUCAUUAUUUUUUCCCUUGCGUCGCGAAUUUUAGAUUGAUGGUCAAGAUGACGACAUGGCAUUUUCGUCAUCAUUCCCGACUUUACCUAUGGCCUACCGUCGUUGAAGCGCUUUGCUUUGUGCUCAACUCGAUUCUAUAUUUUUUCCGUUUUUGUCGACAUGUCGUGUUUUAUUCAAUGCGUCAUUUAUUUUCCUGUAUGUGCCAUCGCUGAUCUAUGCUCGCUUUUUUGUUGCGGGGCUAAGCAAGGGACUUUUCGCGUUUCUCCGAAUUGUGCAACAAUCCGAAACCGUGUUUUCUUCGUAUGAGGACAAUUUUGUACAGGACACUGUUGUAAAAAGCUUUUUUUAUUUUGUGAAUUUUCGGGAUGAUAUCUUGAAGGCCCGCGUGCCUUCGUGAUUCUUGACGACGUGAGAGAACAUCUGUUUCGAAUUCUUGGUUUAUGAAUUUACUGACGAUUUUUGACAAAAUUUUAAAGACCUGGUUUUCUGCUGCUUUCGGAAAGUGAGUUGCUUUGUGUUCUUCGCGUUAUAUUGAAUGUGUAACUAAAAAUUGCCGUGGGAAAGAAUUUAAACGUGCAGUUAAAUGUCUCGAA